GUGACCUUUAUGUACGCUCCCAAUGGUACCCAAUUUCACAAUCUGUCAGAUGAUACCCCGAGUGUAAACAACAUCCAACGAAAUGGAAAACAAGUGGGAAAACAAAAUGGAUCAAAUAAAGAUUCCAAAGGUGGAAAAUGUGAGGAUUCUUGACAGGUACAGCAACAACCACUCCGUUGGAAGUCUCUAUCUGACUGUCACACACCUGAUAUUCACCGAGUGGAGUGGAAAGAAAAAAAUUUGGGUUCUAUACAAUCAUAUCUCGAACAUCGAGAAGCUACCUUUAUCCACAACAGGCUCGCCGCUGUGUAUCAAGUGUAAACAUUUCUUUAACGUAACGUUCAUCAUUCCAAAGGAACGAGAUUGCCAUGACAUAUACCAAACCUUAUCUAAAUUAUCUUGCCCAGUAAGCAUAGAGGACCUCUACUGUUUUCACUACCAAGCCAACAAAGACACUCUGCCGCAGCAGGCAGGAUGGAAUUUUUUCAACGUACAAAGCGAGUUCCAAAGACAAGGUGUUCCGAACGAAGAAUGGUCUCUGACGUAUUUAAACACAAAUUACGAGGUCUGCGAUACCUACCCAAAAUACUUGUACGUACCCAGUUCGUGUGCCAAUAGCACCUUGGUAGGCAGCGCAAAGUUCAGGAGCAGAGGAAGACUGCCAGUCUUAACGUAUCUGCAUUCUAACAAGGCUGCCAUUUGUCGUUGCAGUCAGCCGUUAUCAGGAUUCAGCGCGAGGUGUCCAGAAGACGAGCAAAUGAUGUACAAUAUUCUGUGCGCGAACCCAAAUUCCAAAUAUAUGUACGUUGUAGAUACACGACCGCGCAUCAACGCGUUCGCCAACAAAGCUGCAGGGAAGGGAUACGAGAACGAGAACUUCUACGACAAUAUAAAGUUUCAUUUCUUUGGCAUAGAGAACAUACACGUGAUGAGAGCUAGCUUGAACAAGCUCAUAGAACUGCAAAGGACGAAUUCGAUGAGCGCAUUCCUAAGUGGCUUGGAGAGCAGCGGAUGGCUCAAACACAUAAGAUCUAUUUUAGAAACUGCUUGGUUCAUUGCUCGAGCAGUUUCUAAUGGAGUCAGUGUAGUGGUGCACUGCAGCGAUGGCUGGGACCGCACUGCUCAAGUGUGUUCGUUGAGUGCUAUGUUGUUGGACCCAUUUUACAGGACUAUCCAAGGGUUUCAAGCUUUAAUAGAAAAAGACUGGCUCUCCUUCGGGCACAAGUUCAAUGACCGGUGUGGUCACAUCAGCUGUGACAGCAAAGAACUGGCUCCGAUCUUCACACAGUUCAUCGAUGCAACGUACCAGCUGCUGCAACAGUAUCCACACAAAUUUCAGUUCAACGAACUCUUUUUAUUAACCCUUCAUGACCAUGUGCACAGCUGCGAACAUGGUACUUUUAUAGGAAACUCCGAAAGGGAAAGGCAGAUCCUCAGAGUGUCAGAGAGAACUUACUCCUUGUGGGGAUACAUGGCGAACAACAUGCACGAAUACAUAAAUCCUCUCUACAAGUGCAAUCGCUUCAACGAUGAGUCCAGCAGUGUUCUCCAACCCAAACUGGCACCGCAGAGCAUCAUCUUAUGGCGGGGAAUGUACUUCAGAUUCGAGAAUGGCAUUCAUCCCAGAGAGACGUACGAAGAUUUCCUUUUGGUGAUGCAUGAUCACACCAGUUGCCUGGAAGACCACGUUAAGCUUCUUGUAAAGAGAGUUGCUUCACUGGGUUCAGCGAUGAACAACGCACAGAAGAAAGGGGUGCAAGGUAAGCACAAGUACGACAACAAGUUCACCAAAGAUCCGCUGUCUGAAACGAUAAUAGAAAACGCAACUAAUCACGAAGAGAACAUUAAGAACAAAGUGAACGUGCAUCAGUUGGAGAACGAAUUGAAGACGGUUGCUUUGGAUUGGAAGUCGACGCGCAAUAUGGAAGAAUGUACAUGUUCUACUACGUUCGACGCAUUCAACCGACAGCAUCACUGCUGGUCGUGUGGCGACGUGCUGUGCACGUGGUGCAUGGGUAACCACACAGUUCUCAGUGGUCACCUCUCGCAACGCGCUGUGCCUACUUGUAAGUCGUGCACUCAGAAUUCCAGUAUUUCGACUACUAGUCCCUAACUUCCUGUAAAUAACUUCGUGAUCUGUACUUACGAUGUAAGUUAGUAUUGUUCAAAUUAACUGCAAUGGAAAAGAAAGAAAAAUAGAUUUUUAACAAAUAAUUAUUCACCGCAAUGAAAACGUAGGAUAAGAGAUUACGUAUUUACACUUUCUUUUUCUUUUUUCUAAUGUACUUAAACCAAAGCAUGAUAAACCCUUGAACGAAGAAAGUAUUAAGAAGGAGGAAUACAAUUUCGUUUAAACCGCUAGUAUAAAAUUGUAUUAUAAUAGUUAUUCUUGUAAGGAUGCACGAUACGUUUUAAAUAAGACUGUUUUUAUUUUAUAUUGUAUCAUAAGAUGUAGGAACGAUAAAGUUUAAUGUUUCAUUCUGAGGAUUUAGAAAAUAAUGAGUAUCGCGAAAUAAAGCUCCAUAAAUUAGA